AUGGACCCGACACAGGACCCGAAUUUCAGGCCUCCCUCCACGCACCCGCCCGUGGAGCCCACAGUUUCGUCCACCCUUAUUCCGAACAGACGGCCCAUACAGCCAUACGUCCUUGCCGACUACCUGGAACCAAUCGACCAACCUAUAGAGCACACGAGCGUUUCCAGCGAGCCACCAGCGUCAGGCAACAACAACUACCCAAACGCCAAGUUCUCAAUUGAGACCGUUACCAGAUCUAGCUCUCCGAGCUCCAUCAAGCACAAAAUCCCCAAGUCCCGAACCGAACUUCAGCCGUUCAGUUCCAGCGAGGAGGAAGAGGAAUCCGCCACGCCGGACCAGAGCGCUUAUCCGCCGCUGGAGGAGAACCGCACGGGCUCCUUCUCCAGCACCAACCUGCCCCGGGUGCACUCAUUCCAGAUCGCAGAUCUCGAGGAAGUUCCGCACGGUAUACAGCGACAGUCUAAGAGCCUUGAAGACUACAAGUUCCCUACACACCGUUUGAAAGCACGAUUAUCCGAGCCAAACAAGUAUCCUCUCGUGAUUGUGGCGUGCGGUUCGUUUUCGCCGAUCACAUACUUGCAUCUGCGGAUGUUCGAAAUGGCCCUGGAUGCCGUCAGAGAGUAUACCAGGUUCGAGGUCAUCGGAGGGUAUUAUUCUCCGGUUUCGGACAAUUACAAGAAACCGGGCCUUGCACCGUCCCAUCACCGGGUGCGCAUGUGUGAGCUUGGCUGCGAGCGCACCUCCUCGUGGCUGAUGGUCGACGCCUGGGAGUCUCUGCAGCCCAAGUACACGCGAACAGCGUUGGUGCUGGACCAUUUCAACGAGGAAAUCAACAUCAAGAGGGGCGGGGUGUACAAGUACAAGAGCAGCACAGAGAAAACAGGCGUCAAGAUCAUGCUGCUUGCUGGCGGAGACCUGAUAGAGUCCAUGGGCGAGCCAAAUGUGUGGGCAGAUCAGGAUCUGCACCAUAUUCUUGGUAACUACGGAUGUCUCAUUGUUGAGCGCACGGGGUCGGACGUGAGGUCCUUCUUGCUCAGUCACGACAUCAUGUACGAACAUCGCAAGAACAUUCUGGUGAUCAAGCAACUGAUUUACAAUGAUAUCAGCUCGACUAAGGUUCGACUGUUUUUGAGAAGAAAUAUGAGCGUCCAGUACUUAUUGCCCAACUCCGUGAUCCGGUACAUCCAGGAACACAAACUGUAUGUGAACGACAGCGAGCCGGUGAAGCAGGUGAUGGAGCCCAAAGACUGA